AUGACGAGCAACGGCAACUUAAUGUCGUCGCGCCGCCCUUCUCACGGAACUGAUGGUCCCUCACCUGUCAUGAGCACCGCCGACGCAAACAUGCCAGUCCGACACCCUCGUCCUUUGACUGCUGCUGAACUGCAUCUUGAACUUGAGAAGGAGCAGGAAGCCGUCGUCAACCGUCUUACGCGCGAACUCUCAGCCCUUCGAGCACAACACUCGGCCUCGGUCGCCAGCAACGCUUCGCAGACCAGCUCCAAUCAGGCACUGGACAACAGCCUCUCGCAUCCCACACCCACACGCCAACAUCGCUCCUCUUCCACUGCCUCAAGCCGUAGUAUUAGCAAUCCCUCGGCCACCAGUCACACAAACAUCCAACACCCUCAACCAACCGCCCCUCUUGCAGGCAUCUCGCAAGCCUCCUACGACCGCGCAGCUGCCGCUCAUGGCUCUGCCUCUACAACCACAACCACCAACCCCCCAUCCAUUUCUCGCAACCCAUCUAUCCGCAGCACCUCAGGCCACUCCACACCGGCCUUGACUCCCGCCUCAGCAACCUCCCUCCCUCACCGCCCCUCGAUCUCUCAAACAGCCAGCGGUCUCUCCACAGCCGGCUCUUUUGGCCCUACAUCGCCAUACACCUCAUCCUCCAGCACCGCAGACAUCGCCUCCUCCCGCGCAGAACUCGAUCUCGUAAAGCAAGAGAACGAAGCCCUGCGUCAACGUGUCAAGGCUCUCGAACGCGCUCUCCGCAGCAGAAGAAACAGUAUCACCUCUGAUGCAUCAGCCAGCGUUCCUGCUCCUGAAUUGGCUGGAGUGAGUAGGCCGAGCGUCAGUGCUUGGGCGGCCAACAUGGCUGGUAUGACUGGAGGAAGUGUUGCCGCUCCUAGAGAGAGAAGUGAGAGUCAGAGUACCACCACCAGCUCGAGAAGACCCGAGGGUUUGGAAAGAGAAGACUCGAUCAGGGUUGGAGAGAGUGCUGCUAAUGUUGGAUUGGGCUUGAAGUAGGAGUUCGAGUCCAAGGGCAAGUGGCGCAGAUGGCAUUCAUAGGAUCUCGUCUGGUACGAGAUUUUGCGAGAGGCAGAGUUAGACAUGCACAAGGCGUUUUUGGAACGACCGGACGAGAUAAUGGAAGACACAGACGGCGGAUUAGGAGAGAAACAGGCAUUGAUGCUUUAGCAUGGCGUUUACACACGAGGAGUUUAUGGUUAGUCUUCUUUCUUCUCCAGCAUCACACUGCACAAUUACCUUGUGCAGUCAAUCAAUUCAAUCCAUUCCAUCAAG